UGUAUCUAGUGAUGAGUCAGAUGGAAGGAUUGGGAGAUGGCGAAGGGAAAAACGGAAGCCGGGGCCUGGCUGUGAGCACAGCUGGGGGUGAAGACGCGUUUGCAGGCGCCAUUGUUUCUGCCGUCGAGGAUGCCCAUCACGAGAGCGUUGCGCCGGUCCACUACAUUGGUCAGCAGGUGAGUGAAUGGUCAGCAGGUGUAUAUAUCACGGCAUUCCUUAGGCCUGAAAGAAGUUUUCUGCUUCUUGGCACACUUGACUCUGGGCUCGAGUUUUCUUUUUUUUGCGGGAAGCCAGCGUCAAACCACGUUGACAUUAGCCUGAUCUGCCCAUUCGAGCCUACCAUUACGCCAGUCAGCAACAACACUUGGGGGCAUUUCUCCGUCAUACGCGGCGAAAUCUCUUUCUUCGUACCACGUCGUACGGACAAUGCCAGAUUUGAGUUCGGCGGGAUACGUUUACUGACCGACGAACCCCUGCACUACCACGUAAAUGUCUUCAAAGAUGGAGCGUGGUAUCUACAAGUCUCGAAAGCCAUGGACAGUGUGAUACAACGCUCAACCUUCAUCAGCAACCCAUACUGUGUGCUGCAACGAGAGGCUCUGUACAUGAUGUAUGAGGUUGGUAAAGUUGUGGCGUAUGACCUGCUCAAUGGAUCGUUCACGCGGGUCCAUCUCCCUCAAGACUUCGUUCUCAGCAGCUUGCAUGGUGGUGCGGACUACAGGUUGACCAAAUCCACCAUGGGUAUGCUAACCAUCGUGCAGGUGCAAGGUGUGCUGCUCCGUGUCCGGGACAGAGGGGUAUCUGGUAAAUGGAUCUUGCGGGCAAGCCUCCCCUUCCCAGUGAUGUUUGGCCUUUCCGAAGAAUGAACAAGGUGGGACGCUGUGUCCUAUUCUGUGAGGACACUUGCCGCCGACGAGACAGCACGCCACGUAGUUGCGAGGUUUGGAUACGGGUGUCUGUACUCCAUCGACACCGAGGCCAUACAAGCAACGUAGCUGCUCCCACACACCAACACCAUCCUAGUUUGCAAGGUUGUGCCAAUCAAUCUGAGGUGGCCGCCCAGGUUCCCUGGACACUUAGAUCAGUACUAAGUUAUCGUUAUGAAAUGCAAUCAUUUUAUUAUGGCCCGAAGGCUUAUCUUUGUAAUUCGGAUAUGUAUUUU